GCUGCCUGCCUUCACAAUUUCGGCGCAUAACGUUAGAAUUUUUCUCCCUCUUCUCUUCUCCCUCUCUCUUCUACAAUACACACACUAUUUUCCCCUUUUCCUUUCUCCCCACCGUAUGUGUCUCUGCUUGAUUGAUUGAUUGAUGUUAUUGUUGGAAAAUUCUGGUUAGUCUUAGUUGUAAAUUAGAUUUCAGAGUAAAAUUAUUGCUGCUGGAGAUGAAAUCGCCUCUGGGGAAGCUGAGAAGAUUGGGGCUGAAUAAGGGCGAGCCAGAGGAAGAUUGGGAUCACCAUAUUUCGGUGCAUGUAGAUGGCUUAGCUCAAGCAGCAAAGGAUAUGAAAGACAUGAGAGCAUGCUAUGAUGGCUUACUUUCUGCUGCAGCUGCUUCAGCAAAUAGUGCUUAUGAGUUUUCAGAGUCGUUGAUAGAGAUGGGGAAUUGUCUAUUGGACAAAACUGCAAUGCAUGAUGAUGGAGAUAGAGGAGGUGCAAUAUCAUUGUUGGGGAAAGUGCAGCUUGAACUUCAGAAACUUGUUGAUAGCUAUCGGUCACAUAUUAUCAUGACAAUAACGCAUCCAUCAGAAUCUCUCCUGAGUGAGCUACGUAAAGUGGAGGAGAUGAAAUUGCAGUGUGAUGAGAAAAGAGAAAUAUUUGAGUACAUGUUGGGACAAUUUAGAGAAAAAAGAAAAUCAAGACAUGCAAAGGGGGAAACUUUUACCUCAGAGCAAUUGAAGGCAGUUUGUGAAGAAUAUGACGAGGUUGCAAGGCUGUGCAUUUUUCGUGUAGAAUCACUGAAACAAGGGCAGUCCCGGAGUCUAUUGACACAGGCAGCUCGUCACCAUGCGGCACAGUUAAACUUUUUCCGGAAGGGACUACAAUCUCUCGAAGCUGUAGAGCCACAUGUAAAGAAUGUUGCAGAAAAGCAGCACAUUGACUAUGAGUUAAUUGAAUUGAACGAUGGAGACAGUUUUCAGACUAAUGAUGAUGGAGAACUAAGUUUCGACUAUACCCUGAACAAGAAAGAGAUUGAAAAUACUACCACAUCAAGGAGUUCAAUGGAGCUAGAUCAGAUGGGUGUAUCAAGUUCCCAAACAUCACAGGUGAAAAAUCUUGACAUGCAGCUAAGCUUUGGCAGAAACCAAGGGGAUGUAUUCUUUAGUGAACAACGUAGAGCAGUUAAUAGUCAUUCUGCUCCAUUAUAUGCUGAGAAGUUUGACCCUGGCGAAAGAAUUAGAGAAAUGAGGAAUUCUGCACAGAAAUAUAGUAGACAUGUGCUUCCCACUCCUGAUGAUGCAAAGGGUUCAAUGAAUAGCUCUCCAUCCCUAUCUAGUACCAAAAGCUCCGGUGGGAGCUCAAAAAAUCUAUAUCAUUCAUCUCCACUGGACAUUGAGAAGCAGAAGAAAAUUGUAGAGGGUCACAUAUCUGCACGCAAUCUUCCAAAAUCUCAGGUGCCUGCUGACGAUAACAGCAACAAGAAGCAUUUUCUCCCUCUACCCCCUCCUGUCCCGCAGUUGGACACACGAAGUGGGUCUGAUAACCAAAAGAUACAAAGGCAAGCCUUUUCUGGUCCGAUAGUGAGCAAAUCAUAUAACAAGCAGCCACUUGUACCCACCAGUGGACCUAUCAGCUCUACAGAAGUUUCAGGGUUACAUGGUUCUGUUUCUGGCCUUCAGCCACCAGUGUUGAAUGUGUCUCAGAAUGCUCCGCCUCCACCAGUAUCUUCUCCGAAAAUAAGUGAGCUUCAUGAGCUCCCUAGACCUCCUGAGUCCUUUGGCUCCAAGGCCAUGCAAUCUGCCGGGGCUAUCGGACACUCAGCUCCCUUAGUCAGUAGAAAUCGAGAAAUAUCUCCUACGAAUAGGAAUCGAUUCGUGUCGUCAAAAGAAGGGUCCCCACUCCCUCUCCCGCAACUAACUGUCUCCAGAAGUUUCUCUAUACCCUCUAGUAGUCAGAGAGCAACGGCAUUUCAUCCAGGCAAGGCACUGGAACCCUCUCAAAUUGUCCAGAGGACGGAAAAAUUACCUUCUCCCCCAUUAACACCUAUAUCAUUAUCAAACAUGAAGUCUCCAAACUCUGGACGGAUAGGAGGCAAAGUGAAUGAUUUUGGUGGUUAGGUCUUCUAUUAUUUGACUGGCUCGAUCAGUAUUUCACUUGUCGAUUACACAUUUGGGAUUGUGUCACUCCCAAUCUAUUUGUUUCCUCCUUGCCAUGUGUGGAAGAAGGGGGGGAGGAGUUCUGAAAGCCUUAGUGAUGUGAAUUUUGCUUGGUAUUGCUUUUGACGUCAACAUUGUAGCUAUUGGUAUAUAAUGUUAUGAUAUAUUAGGGGAAAGAAAAAGGAUUGAUCUCUUGUGAGAUAAAUACCAUCUGAAUCCAAAGCUGAAAUUUUAGUGGAUGCAGGUGGCGGCUGAAGUAACUUGCACCAGCCCUUGAACAAGUCGCAGUUUUAUGGAGUUAGGAUCCUGCGAUAUUUUACUGGGUGAAAGUUUGUAUAUACUGUUGUUGUUUUGCUUUAUCUAACAUUCAAUUCGGUCAAAAUAACUUUUACUCCC